AUGAACACACACCAAAGAGACGAACACAUAUCGAAGGGGCGAACACACACCGAAGGGAUGAACACACCAAAAAGAACGAAUACACCAAAGGAAACAAACACACUGAAGAGACGAAAACGCACUGAAGAAAUGAAAACACACCGAAGAG